GUUGUAUGACGAGGUUGAUGCCAUCCAUCCUUUGACGGUGAACAUUUGUCGUCGCUUCAACGAGGGAUUUACAGCUUUACUCCCUAAUUUGCUGAAACUUGUCAAGGAGACGUUGCCACUAAAAAAACUGUAUGUGGAGGCGAGAGAGGAAGCUCUGGCUGAGGACCUUCCAGGCAUUGACUUCAGGGGUGGACUUGUUUUUUUGCCAUCCAUCUUCAGGGAGAACAUUGACCACCUCAUUUCACUUGGAGAGGGUGAACCUGCCACGCCGUAUCCUACAAUUCAGCUGAAAGACAAGGAUUGGAAAACUGCCAUUUCUAGACGAAGUCAGAGUGUGGUGAAGGUUGAUGGAGUUGAGGUGUGCACUUGUGCUGCGAUAGAUGAGGCCUUCAUCACAACCUUUUGUAUGUAUUUCACCUUCAACAUUGCAUACCCUCCACGGCUGAGAAAUACCAUGACAUUUCUCCAGAGGUGCAUUCUACACAUCAAGGAGGAAGGAGACAAGCCAUUGCCAGUAACUGUGACACGAGUGAUGAAUCUUCUGUAGAUCUAUGGCUCCACUGCACCAAUGCCCAAAAUGCCCACGUAGAACUUUCACCCUUGUAAAGCUUAUACAACACAUUGGACUUGUACAUGCACACAAAGCUCACUUUAGCAUUACUUGUGGUAUAAAUGAUUGCUGUUCUACUUUUUCCAAGUACCAUUCUUACAGAAGACACGUGUACAGAAAACACAAACACAGUGUUUUUCCUUCCCCUGGGAGCAACGAAGAAGUUAAUGAAGAAUCAGUAGUGGAACAAGACAACACUUUUGAUGCAGAUUUAACCCAGCAGUCUACCCCACCAAGUAUUGAUAAACUGCUUGAAAAUUUAAGGGAGAACCUUUUUGGCUUUAUUCUAAAAUGCAGGGAAAAAAAACACCUUCCUCUGUCAGUUCAACAAGAUAUUGUUCAUGAUUUAAACUUUUUAUUUUGUUUUUUUAAAGAGAACUAUGACUUAUUCAUCUCUUAUCAUCUUGAAAAAAAUGGCUUCCCUAUUUCAGAGUGCCCUGAACUUCAGCAAGUUUUAUCCACCCCUGAUUUCUUUGACAAAGCUUGUGAUGUAAUUCGUUCUCCACACAUGAUUAAAGAACACUGUAAAUCUAAAAUGGAUAUGACAGAACCCUUUAACUAUGAACUAAGAAAUGCUUCUGGAAACAAAAUUGGCACUUUUUCUUAUGUACCCAUUGCAGAGGUAUUGAAAAAAUAUUGUUCUCUUGAAGAUGUCUGGGAAGAGAUUGUUGCAGAUGCUCAUAAAAUUAGAGACGAUCAGAUUUUGUUGGACUACACUGAUGGAGUUUAUUUUAAAGAACAUUCAUAUUUUAAAGACCACCCACAGGCUCUAAGACUUCAUUUUUAUGAAGAUGAAUUUGAAAUUGUUAACCCUUUAGGCUCUAAGAGAAGCAAGUACAAGAUGUGUGCAUUUUAUUAUAGUGUUGGCAAUGUCAGUGCAAGGUAUCGCUCGUCACAUACAUUUAGCUUUGCUUGUUCGCUGUUCUCAUCUAAAAGAGUGUGGGCUUGA